AUGUGGAAUAUGGGGCAGGAGCCAUUAGCCCCAUCGCAGGUGAUGAUGCAGGAUGACCAGCACCCACAAGCUGGGGACAUGGGGAUGAGGCAUGAGGACAACUGCUCUUUCUACAACAUGACAGGUGGUGAUUUUUACCCAGAAAAUAGCAGCCAAUCCAAUUUCACCUUCCCAGAACAGUCUCUAGACUUCUAUAUCCUCCUCCCAGUGAUGUACUCUGUUAUUUGUGCUGUGGGAUUAACUGGCAACACUGCAGUCAUCUAUGUGAUCCUCAAGGCACCAAAAAUGAAGACAGUGACCAACAUGUUCAUCCUGAAUCUGGCCAUUGCUGAUGACCUCUUCACACUGGUGCUGCCCAUCAAUAUUGCUGAACAUCUCCUGCGCUACUGGCCCUUUGGUGAGCUCCUCUGUAAGGUCAUCCUGGCCAUUGACCACUACAACAUUUUCUCCAGUAUCUACUUCCUGACCGUGAUGAGUGUAGACAGGUACCUGGUGGUACUGGCCACCGUCCAGUCCAGACGGCUGUCCUAUCGAACCUACCGUGCCGCAAGAACAACCAGCAUCUGUAUCUGGCUCUGGGUGACCCUUAUUGUCCUGCCUUUCUUCAUCUUUGCCAGUGUCUAUACCAAUGAACUGCAGAUCAAGAGCUGUGGGCUAAGCUUCCCUCAACCUGAGAGGUUCUGGUUCAAGGCCAGCCGUAUCUAUACCCUGGUCCUGGGCUUUGCUAUUCCUGUUUCCACCAUCUGUAUCCUCUACAUUGGAAUGCUUCACAAGCUGAGGACCAUGAGCCUAAACUCCAAUGCCAGAGCCUUGAACAAGGCCAAAAGGAAAGUGACCAUCAUGGUCAUCAUUGUCCUAGCUGUGUGCCUCCUCUGCUGGAUGCCCUUCCACCUGGCAACCAUCGUGGCACUAACUACAGACCUGCCCCAGACCUCCCUGGUCAUUGGCAUUUCCUACUUCAUCACUAGCCUGAGCUACACCAACUCCUGUCUAAACCCCUUCCUCUAUGCCUUCCUGGAUGACAACUUUCGCAAGAGUUUCCGAAAGAUGCUGGAAUGCAGAACAACCUGA